UGUAAGUCUACUGUUUCGUAUUCUAUAUCAAAAACAAGAUAAGUCAGUUUGCACGUCCCAUACAAAAUCACAACCAUGGGCUCUACAUCGACUCUCCCGCCUGAUUUCCUCUGGGGCUUCGCAACAGCCAGCUACCAAAUUGAAGGCGCAGUGAGCGAGGAUGGCCGAGGCCCAUCCAUUUGGGACACAUUCUGCAAAGUCCCAGGCAAGAUUGCCGGUGGCGCGACGGGCGAUGUAGCCUGCGACUCGUACCACCGCACCCACGAGGACAUUGCCUUGUUGAAGACAUGCGGUGCACAGGCUUACCGCUUCUCCAUCUCAUGGUCCCGUGUCAUCCCCCUCGGAGGCCGCAACGACCCCAUCAACCAAAAGGGCCUGCAGCACUACGUUAAGUUCGUAGAUGAUCUGCUCGAAGCAGGCAUCAAGCCCUUGGUCACUCUCUUCCACUGGGACCUGCCCGAUGAGCUGGACAAGCGCUACGGCGGUCUCCUGAACAAGGAGGAGUUCGUCGCUGACUUUGCGCGCUACGCUCGUGUCGUCUUCGACGCUAUGGGCGACAAGGUCAAGUACUGGAUUACUUUCAAUGAACCCUGGUGCAGCAGUGUUCUUGGGUACAAUGUGGGACAGUUCGCUCCUGGACACACGAGUGACCGCACUAAGAGCGCUGUCGGGGAUGGUUCGCGCGAGCCUUGGACUGUGGGACAUAGUCUGCUUGUUGCUCAUGGGGCUGCGGUGAAGAUUUAUCGGGAUGAGUUCAAGGAGAGAGACGGUGGGGAGAUUGGAAUCACUCUUAACGGCGACUGGGCCGAACCCUGGGACCCCGAGAACCCAGCCGACGUCGAAGCCUGCGAUCGCAAGAUCGAGUUCGCCAUCUCCUGGUUCGCGGACCCCAUCUACCACGGCAAAUACCCCGACAGCAUGGUCAAGCAGCUAGGCGACCGCCUGCCCACCUGGUCCCCCGAAGACAUCGCCCUCGUCCACGGCAGCAACGACUUCUACGGCAUGAACCACUACUGCGCGAACUACAUCAGGGCGCGCACCGGCGAGCCCGACCCCAACGACACAGCUGGUAACCUCGAGAUCCUCCUGUCAAACAAGAAGGGCGAGUGGGUCGGUCCCGAGACGCAGUCGCCUUGGCUGCGCCCGUCUGCGAUCGGGUUCCGUAAGCUGCUGAAGUGGCUGAGUGAUCGGUAUGGCCGGCCGAAGAUCUACGUCACGGAGAAUGGAACUAGCUUGAAGGGCGAGAAUGAUCUCCCGCUGGAUCAGCUGCUGGAGGAUGAGUUCCGCACGCAGUAUUUCCGCGAUUAUAUCGAUGCUAUGGCUGAUGCGUAUACGCUUGAUGGGGUGAACGUGCGCGCUUACAUGGCGUGGAGCUUGCUCGAUAACUUUGAGUGGGCCGAGGGCUACGAGACCCGGUUCGGUGUGACUUAUGUCGACUAUGAGAAUGAUCAGAAGAGGAUACCUAAGCAGAGUGCCAAGACUAUUGGGGAGAUCUUCGACCGGUAUAUCCAGAAGGCUUGAAAAUAAAACACUGGGUGAAAGGAGUAUGGGCUGUAUGUCAGAGUAUAUGAUGUGAUGAGUGCCGUUAGUAUGGUG